CAGCCGAGCGCUCUUGAUAAUCUCCUAAUUAAACCCUAGAGUCGUCUUCUUCCAACGAUCCUCCAUGGAUACUCGUCGCGGGGCUCUCGCAGUCCCCAAAGUCCGCCGAGUAGGAUUCUUUACAUCAAUCGAGCCGCCGUCACCAGAGACCCAGCGACCGAAUCGAAGCCAAUCCGGUCCUGUAGAUGCAAUAACGUCUUCGUCUCCUCUCUCUGAUUCUCCCUCCGGAAAUUUAAUUUCUCCGGUCCAGAUACCACCGUCGCGUCACCAUUCUGAUAAUCUCGCCACUCGCGCUGCUCCUGUGCCCGUCCCUGGACCUGCCGCCUUCCGCCGGUACUUAGCCCAUGACCGGAGUCUCCACGUCGGAAGUUACAACCCUAUGGAUUCGCUCCUCGGGACAUCACCGCCAUCGAGCAACGGAGAAUUCUCUGAGGAUUCGGUUUCUUUGUUUGGGUUCCAGCGGAGCGAUUCGGCGAAGCUAUCGUCGAGCUUUCCUAAUGGAGGAUUCGAUUUGACCAUGGCAGUUAGAGCUCCUCAGGAAUCUGAAUCCAAAAUUGCGACCGCGUCGGCUUCUGAAGGGGUGAAGAAGAACCCUGAAGUUUCUGGAAAGAAGGAAUCUGUGACCAUAAAAUCUCAGAAGGAAAAGGAACCAAAAUCGCUGAAAGAGAAAACCACUAAAGCAGAAAGGCGUGCCAUCCAAGAAGCACAACGGGCAGCAAAAGCUGCUGCAAAAGGCGAAGGAAGCCGGCGUGCAGAUGAUUCUGGUAGAGCCAAACCUAGCAAGGCUGUUAAACAGCCUCAAGUGAAGAAAGAGGGACUUCCCGUCACAUCCUCUGUUUCUGAAAAAAAAGUUGUAGGAGUAGAAAAAGAGAGGAGGAUGGAUGUCCCUCAGACACAACUGCAGUAUGAUGAUAAAAGCCGAGUGGAGAAAGCCAAGAAGCGUGCAGUUGUUGAGCAGACAGAGAGCAAGAACAAAGUUGAGUUAUUUCUCCAUCUUCCUCAAUACGAGCGUGGCAAUCAGCUUCCCAAUUUAAGCUCCAAUAUAUUCACUCUCGAUACCAUACACCACGCAGUCUAUAAGGUGGGUUUACAACAUUUGGCUGGAGAUAUAUCGGAGGACAACGCGCGAUGCGUUGCCAUGCUCCAAGCAUUUCAAGAAGCUAUAAAAGAUUACACUACGCCUCCUAUGAAAGACCUGACCAUGGAUCUGACAGCCAAGAUAAAUGGUUAUGUGUCAUUCUUGAUAGAAUGUCGACCGCUCUCCAUGAGCAUGGGAAACGCAAUCAGGUUCCUGAAGAACCUAAUCAGAAAACUACCUGUAGAACUGUCAGAGUCAGAGGCAAAGGCUUCCCUCUGUUCUGACAUUGGCCGGUUCAUCGACGAGAAGAUCAUUUAUGCAGACAAGGUAAUCGUACAACACGCCGUUACAAAAAUCAGAGACGGAGAGGUUCUUCUCACAUAUGGAUUCUCUUGUGUGGUUGAGAUGAUUCUCUUAUACGCCCAUGAGAUUGGGAAAAAAUUCCGUGUAGUGAUUGUAGACUCGCGCCCUAAUCUUGAAGGGCAAAAGCUACUCCGUAGACUUGUGAACCGGGGCCUCGACUGCACCUACACACAUAUAAACGCGAUUUCUUAUAUCAUGCGCGAUGUUACACGGGUUUUUCUCGGGGCAUCAUCGAUCUUCUCGAAUGGAACGCUGUACUCAAGAGUUGGAACAUCCUGCGUUGCAAUGGUUGCAAACGCAUUUAGUGUUCCUGUAAUUGUGUGUUGUGAAGCUUACAAGUUCCAUGAAAGAGUCCUACUUGAUUCAAUCUGCUCCAACGAACUUGGCGAUCCUGAUGCCAUAGCCAACAUACCGUCUAGAGCCAAGGCAAAGCAUUUGAAGACGAUGGAUAACAACAAAAACCUUCAGUUUCUGAAUCUAAUGUAUGAUUCAACUCCUUCAGAAUAUAUAUCUAUGAUCAUCACGGAUUAUGGAAUGAUUCCUCCGACGAGCAUACCAGUGAUCGUUCGUGAAUACAGGAGAGAAAACCUGUUGCUAUAAAAGGUAAUGUGUGUAGAAAUUAGCAUACAGAUACAAAUACGAUUUACGGGGGAAAGAAAAGCCAGUCCUUAAUAUAAAUAAACAUUUUUUGUACCUCUAAUUAUGAAUGUCAAGUUUUGAGUAUUGGGUCAUUGGGAAAUUCUUUAACAUUUUUCCUUUUAUCAUUCGAUCCUUUUUUUGGGACGAUAGUUUGGGAAACUGCUCAUUUUUAAGACUAAUCUGAUUCGAAUCAGUAUUUUGUUGUAUUGAGUAAAGUUUUGUUUCUUCGACACAAAAAAAAGAGAACUAAAAGUUUUAUAUAUUCCUU